UCUGUCUUGACAACAUCUAUGUGUCAUCCGGUUAUUUGCUGUGUCCUUGUUAGCCAGCUAAACAGGUAGCCGGCUAAUGUGUUACAAAUGUAAUAAUGCAUUGAAGCAGAAAAAGGAAGUAUAAUAAAACUGAUAUUUAUCCUGACUUGUUCGUGACAUUAUGUUACGAGCCGGAACAGCAGUUGCCUGCGUGGCCUGCAGGAGCCUGGCCUCCCCCCGCAUGGGCGUCAGAUUCCGGGUGCCCCUGCAGAAGCUGCACCCCCUGUCCCGGGCGCUGCACCACUGCUACUCCGCCCCCCCGUGCCCCGCCCACCGCACGGCGGCCCGGUACUUCAGCUCCCUGUCCCGGCCCCUCCUCCGGCCCCGCCGGGUCCCCCCCGGGGGGGGCCACAGCUACCAGCAGCAGCGCUCCUUCUGGGUGGCCCGGCUCGCCGCCCGCCUCCUCAAACUGCGCUACAUCCUGCUGGGCUCCGCCGUGGGAGGCGGGUACACGGCCAAAAAGACCUUCGAUGAGUGGAAGGACAUGUUGCCAGAUCUGAGCGAAUACUCCUGGGUGGUGCCGGACUUCGUCUGGGAGCUCAACGAGCAUUUUGACUUGGAGAAGAUCGCGAACGCCCUGCCCGACCUCGAGGAGCUGGCCAAGCUGAUGCCUGACCUGGAGAAGGUCGGCGAGAACUUCGCCUUCCUGAAGACCCUUCUCUCAAACGGUGUGGGUGUGGGUAGUGAAGUCGCAGGAGCUUCUGGUCUGCGUCUGUUGUUAGAAUCGACGGGCGAGCCCACUUUCAAAGCCACCGACAGCCAGGGAUCAGAGAGCAGUGAAAAGCAGUUCAAGAAGGGUCUGCUCGGAGAGCUCAUUCUAAUCCAGCAGCAGAUCCAGCAGCACGAGGAGGCGGCUCUCAGGGCCUCGACCAAUAGCGUCAGGCCUGAGCCCCGCCCAGCCCCGCCCCCCCAGACUCCUCCAGGCCCGCCCCCAAGCCCCAGCGCCCCCCCGACGGCCGAUCCGACCCCCAGCCCCUCGCAGACCAAGCGCAAGACAACAGAUAAAGAGAAGGCGGACCAGCUUCAAGAAGAACUUCUCCGAACUCAGAUGAAGUACCAGCGGAUGCUGGAGCGGCUGGAGAAGGAGAAUAAGGAGCUGAGGAAGGUGGUCCUGCAGAAAGACGACAAAGGCAUCCACCAGAGAAAGGUCAAGAAGUCUCUCAUUGACAUGUACUCCGAGGUCCUGGACAUCCUCUCUGACUAUGACUCAAACUACAAUACCCAGGAUCACCUGCCCAGGGUGGUGGUAGUGGGGGAUCAGAGUUCAGGGAAGACCAGCGUGCUGGAGAUGAUCGCCCAAGCCAGGAUCUUCCCCAGGGGCUCCGGAGAGAUGAUGACCAGAUCACCUGUCAAGGUGACGCUGAGCGAAGGCCCUCACCACGUCGCCAUGUUCAAGGACAGCAGCCGCGAGUUCGACCUGAGCAAGGAGGAGGACCUGGCGGCCCUGCGGCAUGAGAUCGAGCUGCGGAUGCACAAGAGCGUGAAGGAGGGGAAGACGGUCAGCCCCGAGACCAUCUCCCUGAGCGUGAAGGGUCCAGGGAUCCAGAGGAUGGUGCUGGUGGACCUGCCCGGAGUCAUCAGCACUGUGACGACUGGAAUGGCGGCUGACACAAAGGAGGCGAUCUUCAGCAUGAGCAAGGCCUACAUGCAGAACCCCAACGCCAUCAUCCUCUGCAUUCAGGACGGCUCAGUAGACGCAGAGCGCAGCAUCGUCACAGACCUGGUGAGCCAGAUGGACCCCCAGGGCAAGAGGACCAUCUUCGUCCUGACCAAAGUGGACCUGGCGGAGAAGAACCUGGCCAGUCCCGGCAGGAUUCAACAAAUAGUGGAAGGAAAGCUGUUCCCCAUGAAGGCUUUGGGAUACUUUGCUGUGGUGACUGGAAAAGGCAGCAGCAACGAGAGCAUCGACUCCAUCAAAGACUACGAGGAGGACUUCUUCCAGAACUCCAAGCUCCUCAAGAACGGCAUGCUGAAGGCACAUCAGGUGACCACGAAGAACCUGAGCCUGGCGGUGUCCGACUGCUUCUGGAAGAUGGUGCGGGAGUCUGUGGAGCAGCAGGCCGACGCUUUUAAAGCCUCUCGAUUCAACCUGGAGACGGAAUGGAAGAACAACUACCCUCGCCUGCGCGAGCUGGACAGGAAUGAGCUGUUUGAGAAGGCCAAGAACGAGAUCCUGGACGAAGUGAUCAGCUUGAGUCAGGUCACCCCAAAACACUGGGAGGCCAUCCUGCAGAAGAAGCUCUGGGAGCGGGUCUCCACGCACGUCAUCGAGAACAUCUACCUGCCCGCCGCCCAGACCAUGAACUCCGGAACCUUCAACACCACCGUGGACAUCAAGCUCAAACAGUGGACCGACAAGCAGCUGCCCCACAAGGCCCUGGAGGUUGCCUGGGAGACGCUGCAGGAGGAGUUUGCUCGCUUCAUGGCCGAGUACAAGGGCAAGGACCAGGACGACAUCUUUGACAAGCUGAAGGAGGCGGUGAAAGACGAGAGCAUCAAGAGGCACAAGUGGAAUGAGCGAGCGAUGGACAGCCUGAGGGUGAUCCAGCACAACGCCCUGGAGGACCGCAGCAUCACGGAUAAGCCACAGUGGGACGCCGCCAUCCAGUUCAUGGAGGAGACGCUGCAGACACGGCUAAAAGACACGGACUCGGUGAUUGGGGACAUGGUGGGCCCCGACUGGAGGCAGAGGUGGAUGAACUGGACCAACCGCACGCCAGAGCAGCACGUCCGCAACGAAACCAAAAACGAGCUGGAGCGUCUCCUGAAGCUCCACGAGGACCACACGGCGUACCUGGCCAACGACGAGGUCACCACCGUGCGCAAGAACCUGGAGGCGCGGGGCGUGGAGGUGGACCCGGUGCUGAUUAAGGACACCUGGCACCAGCUGUACCGGAGGCACUUCCUGCAGAAGGCCCUGUUCCACUGCAACUUGUGCAGGAGAGGCUUCUACUACUACCAGAGACACUUUGUAGACUCAGAGCUGGAGUGUAAUGAUGUGGUCCUGUUCUGGCGGAUCCAGAGGAUGCUGGGAAUUACCGCCAACACGCUAAGACAGCAGCUCACCAACACCGAAGUGCGGCGUUUGGAGAAAAACGUGAAGGAGGUUCUGGAAGAUUUCGGGGAGGACACGGAGAAGAAGGUCCACCUGAUCACGGGCCGACGGGUACAGCUCGCCGAAGACCUCAAAAAAGUGCGGGAAAUCCAGGAGAAACUUGAAGCCUUCAUAGAAGCUCUUCACAAGGAGAAAUAAUGCAAGCUUUCAGACGCAAAGCGUGGAGUCGCUGAAAAGGCAUCGCUCAGACUCGCCUGGUUCACCUUCGCCCCCCCCGUCCCUCUGUAAACGACUGCUCGUCCACAGCCUCUCACCGCCCCCCGCCCCCCCCCCUAACCACGCCCCCCGCCUCUUCCUCCAUCCGAUCUUAAUGUCGUUUGGAGUUACACUUUGCUGCAGCACUUUGAGGGGGUGGGAAUAAUCGCACCUACCAAUGGGGAGACGCUUACCUUUUUAUGUGCUGCUCUGCUCUGCCAAAAAGUAAAUAAAAUACUGCGAACGCACAGAAGAUGGCCUCACUUAGCACAUCACAGAGUCCCUCAGACGGCCAGCUUCUCCUCGUCUGUGUUAGGGCUCGGUACUCACAGCAGAGUUCCCAAGCUUGCCCACCCCGACCCCCCCC